AUGUCAAAUUAUUAUAAAGGAGCGCUGAAUGUCAGCACAGAUUUGAAACUCCGUGCGCUUGUUUCAGCGACUGCUCGUGGUACCACCGUAAACCCAGUCUUCCGUCUCUGGCAGGUCAUAACUACGGCUUUUUUCCCCACCGCCGAAGGAUAUGCUUCAUAUCUCAAAGUACCACAAUCAAAAAAGGACGAUAUUCCAGACUGUGAAGUCUUUGGGGUGAAGAGAGUCUUAUGUGGAGCUGAAAACCCGGAGGAGUGGCUGCAGAAAGAGAUCCUGGUUGUUUUCUGCUUGGAUGCGAAGUCUGAUAUACCGGAGCACUGGAAUGGUCUUAAAGAAGAUCUUGAGCCUUAUAUGCUUCAAAUACCUCACUCUGACAAUUCCAAUGGACCACCCGGAAGGUUCGUGGCGGUUGUCAUGGGUCGGAGAGUGAAGAUGUUCGCAUGGAAGACAGGAAAGACUCAAUCAAUAGAACAAUUACACGAUGAACCACUUGACAUGUCGGCACCUGAAGAUGCAAACAAGGUUGCAGACUGGCUGAACCACUUCAAAGACGAGACGUGGGACUAUACCAAGUGGGAGCCGGCGAAGGAUUCGGAUUUCAAGUAUGAACCUCAACAUGAGCCACGUCCUAUGAUAAACAUCCCUUCAUAG